GAGUUUUUAUUUUGUUAAUUAAAUUAGUUUUUGUUUUGGAAUUAAAAGCUUAGGUGAAAUCGUUCACAUUAAUUCAACAUAUGGAUUUACAAUUUAUCAAAUGAAAUCUCUACGUAUUGUUCGGGGCAGUAUUUGGGCUUAUGUUAUUUGACGUCACGCUUCUAUGAAUGAAAAAAUCACGUAGCGUAUGUAUCGAGCAUAUUUUGAAUCUUGUGAUCAAUUUUCAGGAAAUAUGGAAGUGUGUGCUUAGAUUUUAAUAUAUGUCAUUUUAGUUGGAUUAUAUUUCAAACACAAUUUUAUAAUGGCUGAAACAGAAGGUGCUGCAGGUGGAGGUGCAGAUAGCUCAGCAAGUGGAGAAGGAACUUUUGAGUGUAAUAUUUGUCUAGAUACAGCUAAAAAUGCUGUCAUUAGCUUUUGUGGGCAUUUAUUUUGCUGGCCCUGCCUUCAUCGAUGGUUAGAUACUCGACCCACUAGACAAGUAUGCCCAGUGUGCAAAGCUGCUAUUAGCAAAGAUAAAGUAAUUCCACUUUAUGGAAGAGGGGGUUCUCAACAAGAUCCACGAGAUAAAUUACCUCCCAGACCUCCUGGACAAAGAACAGAACCUGAAUCCACUACAGGACCUACAUUUCCCGGAUUUGGAAUUGGUGAAGGUGGCUUUCAUAUGUCAUUUGGAAUUGGUGCCUUCCCAUUUGGAUUUUUUGCAUCCACUUUUAAUUUAGGUGAUCAUCGUGCUGCACCCACUCCUGGGACUCCAGAAUAUGAGGAAGAUCAGCUUUUAUCUAAAUUAUUCCUUUAUCUCGCAUUAGUGUUUAUUGCGUGGCUGUUAUUUGCGUGAUUAUCUCCUCUGUUCUUUCUGUAUAGAACAUUAUUAAACUUGUUAUUAAAUUUUUGAGUUGUAUGCAUUCAAUGCUCCUUUUACUGUCCUGUGAAUUUAGAAUUUUAAUUCAUUUAUUUCUUAUGUUUAUUACGUUUGAGUUUCGAAUUAUUUAUGAUAUAUUUGUAUUUAUUCAGUAUUUUAAAUGAGGGUUUUUAAAGUGUGUUUUCAUGAAAAUCCUAUUUUAUUCUUGCGAGAACCUAUUCUCUCUCCCAAUCUUGCUCAGUUUUACUAAAAUUAUUUUAGUUUAAAGCUUAUGUUAUUUUCACUGUGCCUUUCAUCUUUCAAACUACAUUCUGAGAAAUAAUUCACAGUGGAAGGGCUUUUUUCCAAGUCCAAUGCCAAAAAAAAAAAAAAAAAAAAAAUGGUAUGGAAACUUUUAUUAUUAGUCUCACCAUUAUUAUUUGGUACCAAACAAUCAUUUUUGUAUAAUGAGAAUUGUAUAAUUUUGUACAAAAUAAGAUUUAUAGUUGCUACUUACUGUUUAUUUUUAUUUACCUAGAUCUUCUAUCAUUGAACAAUUUUCAUAUUUAUUGAACUUGAUGAGUGUCUAGAUUUAUGAGGUUACAUUUCAAUAUCCUAAAAUUGUAUAUAGUAUGAAAAUCAUGUAUAUUAUCAAUUUGAAAUGCCAAACUUGCUAUACAUUAUAAAUAUUUUGAUGGAUGUUUUUCUGUUUCAAUCAAAUAUCUUCCUAAGUGUUAUUAAAUCCUAAUUUAUUAGUCUCAAUUACAAUAGAUGUUUAUAGAGACAAUUAUAAUUUUGUGCAAAAAUUCGCUGGCUGUAAGAAAGAAAUUAUAACUAAUAUUGGACUUUUCCUGAAGUGUUGUGUCAUAAAUUUAUGAUGAAAGUAUCUGAGAACUAAAAAGUUGAAGAAAUGCGAAAUUUUUAUUUUUUGUAAAUUGAGUUUUGUUUGUUAUUCAUUAUUAUUCUGUAUGAUAUUUCAAAAAUAAAACUUAAAAUAAACUUGUUUGUAAUUUUGUUGGAAUAUUCACAACGUCGUAUUCAGUUUUAUAUCUAGCUAUUUUGAAUUUUAUAAUAAUGUUUAUUUUAAAUGCUAGUAAUCUCAAUUGUUGGUAUAUUGGUUUUAGUCCACUUAAAACUUGUAAAUUAAAAUAGAAACUGUUUAUUUGUAAAUAAAACAUGCUUGCCUA